GUAGUAUCGGCGAUUUUUUACGGCUAAAAAAUAAACGGAAGCCAACCCGUCAGACAUGACUCAGUUUUUAGGCCGUCAGGACUGUAUUGAAAGCCUCCGGAAGGAUCUUGUGGACCUCCAAGGUGCCAUUUUAGAUGUGUUCUCCAGAACAGGACCGGUCCGUUUUUCCUCCUGGAAGUUCCCGGACAAACUCUCCUGUAAUCUGGAUAUGGUGGCUCUGCUGGACCAGUAUGACUUUGUGGACGGGGAGGAUGCGUUCAACCAGCACUCCCACAUUGUUUUACUGGAGCUGGUAAUUGACAGACUGCUGCUUCUUCAACAAAGCUUUAGUGUUUACAUUGAGCAGCUGAAGAGCACAUACAGGAGACAGCAAACUAAGGAGAAAGGAUAUGUGUCACUUGGUCUUGUAGUCAGAAAUUACUGGAGUAAUUUAGUUCAACUUGGCACUCAUAAGGGUCCAUACAAAGAUACCAAAAAACAGGCAACAACACAUAUUUUUGAGUGUGAUGAAACAGAGACACUGUCAUGUGCCUCCUCACAAUUGACUUCAAGGAGUGACUGUAGUCAUUGCUCAUCUGCCAGGUCUUCAUCAAGGUCUUUAAAGUUUUUAUCACAGAAUCAUGUACCUUUAAGUCCCACGCAGAGCACCCCGUGUUUUUCUAAAGUCAACACUCAUAAUGUAGGCUGUCAGACAUUUGAAUCAGCUCUUGUUCCUUGUGAUGCGUGUUAUCAAGUGCAAUCAGUUUUGAGAAAGACAGCAGAUGCUUUGGUAGAAAUGUUUGAGAGUGAGGGCCUGCCUUCCUCUCUACAGCCACUCUCAGUGGCCAUGCAGGAAACGAUGGAACUGGGCCAUAUGACAGCCGGUGAUGUUGCCCAGUGGGCCAGUGAGGAGCUCAGGGACAUGCGGCGUCUGGCAAAACAUCUACAAGACGUGCGAGGUACGGUGCAGCCUCUGAGGGACAGACUAGUGGUUGCAGAGAUAGAUCGGGACAGAUUCAGAUCUGAGAUGAAAAAAGCACAGAAAGAGCUCAAAGAAAAGAUGGAAAAUUACCAGACCAGCACAGUCCAGCUAGAAUUUUCAUUGCAGAAGGCUCAGAGAUCUGUAAAAGAAACAGAGCAAAGGCUACAAGAGGAGCAACAAAAACUCAAAAGAGACAUUUUAUCCCUGGGGGAAAGUAAUUCAAAACUGGAAGAAAAAAUAGCAGCACAACAGGAUACAUUACAUGCACUGGGGCAUGAAAAGGAGGUGCUGCAAGAGAAAGUGAAAGCCUUGCAAAAAGAGGAAAAGGCCUUCCAUGACCUGCAGGGCAGGAUCCAACAGUUACAGAGUGAAAUCUCUGAGGCUCAGCUCCUUUUUGACAAAGAGAGUGCCAAAUACCACAGUGCUUGUCGUCAGCAAGAGUCAAUGCAGGCAAAGCAGAAAUCUCUAUUAGAGAGAGUGGAUGCCCUUGAUGAGGAGUGUGAGGAGCUGCAGAGGCAGCUGGGAGAAAAAGAGGAGAGACAGACUGAGCUCCACAAUCAGCUGCAGCAGAUGUCAGAGGAGAAAGAACAACAGCAGGCUAAGCUUACUCAACAACAGGAGUCUUUUUCUAAACUUGAGAAGGAGAAGCAGACACUGGAAACACGCAUAGCAGAGCUGAAGAACAACGUGGCUGAGCUAAAGGAGCAUGUGCACGCUUGUAAAGACAGGGAGAGACUCUUGGUGGCUUUUCCAGAGCUCAGCCCCCUGUCUCAAGCCCAGCCACAGAGUACAGGAAAUGUUAUUUUGGAUAUGGAGCAACAACUUCAAGCCAACUGCCUUCGUAUACAGGUUUUGGAACAGGAGAACACAGCCCUACAGAGCAGCCUUGUGAAACUGAAGGAAAGAGCACAAUAUGAUGCCAGCAAAGAAACCUCACCUCAACAAACAUGGAACAACUCUGUGCUCAGUGAAACAGAAAAGAAACAUCAAAAUCACAUGAUGCAAUUGCAGAAAAAUCUAUUGCAGAGCAGCAGCAGUGCGGCACACCUCGGAUACAGUAACAGCAGGAAGGAAGCCACAGGAGGAGAAAGUGGUCUGGAGUCAGCUGGGUCAAAGGAUAGUGUGUCCACUGCCACCUCCCCCUCCUCCAUACAAAUUCACCUUAAAACUCUCCACCUCAGCACAGGCUCUGCUGCUGCUAAAGGCCGCACAAAAGCACAUACCUCUUCUUUUCUUUUUCACUCCAGAGGAUUGAACCAGAGGAAAAAAUGAAUCCUUACACAUGUACUGUAAAUGUAUAACAUGACCAAGGAAUCAAAUUUGUAUUGUGGAUCUUUUGUAUCAGGACUUUUGUAAAUCUGAGUAUGGAAUGUUGAAAUUUUUUCCUAUAUUAUUAAAAUGUAUUAUCUCUUACUGUA